CACUGAUCCGCAGUCGGGCUGCGAGUGGGCAGAGUGUCAACCGAGGAUUUUCUCACCAGUUUAGAAGUUUUACAGUAAAGGCUCGUCUGUGAGGCUGUGACACACAGACAUCUCCUGCCAGAUCAUGACACAGCAACGCACACAUGACGCAUCUGAAGUUCAAACCUUCACGAGUCACAGGAAAACUUCCCCCAAAACUCUGAGCACAUCCUGAGGGCAAAAACUUUAUACCAUGGACUUCAUGAGGACUCCAACUUUCUCCUUGUGGGUGACUGUCAGCUGUUUGUUUCUCUCCUCAAUCACUGCAGGUCAACAGGGCUGCCCUUUUGAUUCUAAAGUCACAUGGAUUCCAUUUAGAAGCAAGUGGUACACUUUCAUCCCGACAUCAGGAAAUGGCUACAAUCUCGAAAAGGCCCAGGAAAUCUGCAAAACCAGUGCCCCAGGUGCUGAUGUUGUCAGUGUACGUGACAAAGAAGAAAACGCGUUCAUCGUUGAUCAUUUUAAACAACUUGUGCAGAAACCUGGAGAGAUUUGGUUGGGCAUUCUGUUUGAUACAGACACUGAUACUUUCAGAUGGCAUGAUCGUUCUGCUGUAAAUUACUCAAAUUGGGUUCCUGGAGAGCCUAAUGAAGACACAACUAGUAUUGAUACCUGUGCUGUUGUAGAGACACAGUCAAGACAGUGGAAAACCGUUUAUUGUGACGAGGAACUUGGAAAGUCAAUCAUCUGUGAUACAACAGUAUUAGCUGUCCCUGAUGAAGAUGCAUGUUCAAAUGGCAACAAAAAUAUACUGUCAACAGCCCUGGUCAUCACAGCAUCCGCAAUUUUGCUGAUCAUUUUGUUAGUUUCCUGGUACGCAUAUAAGAGGAAAUGUCUUUCUCCAAAUGGGCUUAAUGCCAUUCAAUAUGAUCCAACGGAACGAAUUACAGAUGAUUGUAUAUUGGUAGAGAAUGAAGAGAUGGAAUAUGAGGUAUGAUUGGUUAAUCAACAGGUGUGAAGUUGAAUACUAAUAAAUCAACCAGGAAUGAGAAGAUCUGUUACAUGGGUUAAUUAUCAUUUGAUUGAAUUUUUUAUAUAAUACCUACAUUUUGUAUUCAAUACUAACCAUCGUUAUGUAUUCAAUCAGACUUCUGGAUGCAUAGAAUAUACAAAAUGGCUUGUGUGUUUUUAUCAUUAGUUAUAUAAAAUGAAUUACACAAUCCAAAUAAAUUGUUUAACAACCAUUCAAUUGUUUAACUGAUAUUUUAAGUAAUCUUCCCGAAGAAGAGUACAGCAAUAAAAUUGGGUGCAAAAUCUACAAAAAGAAAGAUCUGUUUUUCUGGCACAUUUUUUUGUUGGAUAUUUUAUUGAACGUGGAAAAAGCUCAAUUACUGUGUUUCCGUUGGAUUUUAAUAAUAAAGAUUUUUUUCAAGAAAAA